CCACGUGCUUUGCUGGGUCUCUCUCUCUCUCUCUCUCUCUCAUUAAAAGCCCGUUAAUACUUAUGACACCAGACUAGAACCAAACUCCCACCUCCCUCCCUUCCCCCUAUCUAAUUUCCUACACAGCAAUUCAGAUUUGAACAACAUUUUGGCGAGUCUUGAUUUCUGGGUAUUGUUUUCUUGAAUUCGUUAUGACUCAAAACAACCAAUUAAAUUGAAAGGUUUCCAUCCCAGUUCCCAAAAUUUGAAGCUUCAUCUGUUGCUCUUCCACGGUGUUACAGUAUGUUGGAAACCCAAAGGAGGCCACCAUUGGUGGGUUUAGGCCCUGGUAGUAAUGGCCACAUAAAUGGAUCAAUUCCAUUGAGGUCACCUAAUGCAGCAUUGGUUGUUGAUGAGUUCUGUUAUGCCCUUGGAGGAAAGAAGCCAAUACAUAGCAUUUUAAUAGCAAACAAUGGAAUGGCAGCUGUCAAGUUUAUACGUAGCAUAAGGACGUGGGCUUACGAGACAUUUGGUACGGAGAAGGCGAUAUUGUUGGUGGCUAUGGCUACUCCGGAGGACAUGAGAAUCAAUGCGGAGCACAUUAGAAUCGCUGACCAGUUCGUAGAAGUUCCUGGUGGAACUAACAAUAAUAACUACGCCAAUGUGCAGCUCAUUGUAGAGAUGGCAGAGAUAACACAUGUAGAUGCAGUUUGGCCUGGUUGGGGGCAUGCCUCCGAAAUUCCUGAACUGCCUGAUGCAUUAACUGCAAAGGGAAUCAUAUUUCUUGGGCCGCCAGCUUUAUCUAUGGCCGCACUGGGAGAUAAAAUUGGAUCAUCAUUGAUUGCUCAAGCAGCUGAUGUUCCCACCCUUCCUUGGAGUGGCUCUGAUGUGAAAAUGCCACCAGAUAGCUGUUUGGUUGCUAUUCCGGAGGAUAUUUAUUCCAAAGCAUGUGUUUUUAGUGCGGAAGAAGCGAUUGCUAGCUGUCAAGUAGUUGGUUACCCUGCAAUGAUAAAGGCAUCUUGGGGCGGUGGUGGUAAAGGCAUAAGAAAGGUACAUAAUGAUGACGAAGUGAGGGCAUUAUUUAAGCAAGUACAGGGUGAAGUUCCAGGCUCACCCAUAUUUAUUAUGAAGGUCGCGUCUCAGAGCCGACAUCUAGAAGUGCAGUUGCUCUGUGAUCAAUACGGCAAUGUUGCAGCUUUGCAUAGUCGCGACUGCAGUGUUCAAAGGCGACACCAAAAGAUAAUUGAGGAAGGUCCAAUUACAGUAGCCCCUAUGGAGACGGUGAAAAAGUUGGAGCAGGCAGCUAGAAGGUUAGCCAAAUGUGUGAAUUAUGUUGGAGCUGCUACAGUUGAGUAUCUGUACAGUAUGGAAACUGGGGAGUACUAUUUCUUAGAGCUCAACCCCCGAUUACAGGUGGAACAUCCUGUAACAGAGUGGAUAGCUGAAGUUAAUUUGCCAGCAGCACAGGUUGCAGUUGGAAUGGGGAUUCCUCUUUGGCAAAUUCCUGAAAUAAGGCGUUUCUAUGGGAAGGAACAUGGUGGAGGGUAUGAUGCUUGGAGGAGAACAUCUGUUGUUGCUACGCCAUUUGACUUUGACAAAGCACAAUCUAUAAGGCCAAAAGGUCAUUGUGUUGCUGUGCGUGUUACAAGUGAGGAUCCAGAUGAUGGUUUUAAGCCUACUAGUGGGAAAGUACAGGAGCUGAAUUUUAAAAGCAAGCCAAAUGUGUGGGCGUACUUCUCUGUUAAGUCCGGAGGAGGCAUUCAUGAAUUUUCAGAUUCUCAAUUCGGUCAUGUCUUUGCAUUUGGGGAGUCCAGAGCCCUAGCAAUAGCCAACAUGGUUCUUGGGCUGAAGGAAAUUCAAAUUCGUGGAGAAACCCGUACAAAUGUUGAUUACACCAUUGACCUAUUACACGCUUCAGAUUACAGGGAAAAUAAAAUACACACAGGCUGGUUAGACAGUAGAAUAGCAAUGCGAGUUCGAGCAGAAAGGCCACCUUGGUAUCUAUCUGUGGUUGGAGGUGGUCUUUAUAAAGCAUCUACUAGCAGUGCAGCUAUGGUAUCAGAGUAUGUUGGUUAUCUUGAAAAAGGGCAAAUCCCUCCUAAGCAUAUAUCACUUGUGAACUCAAAAAUUUCUUUGAACAUCGAAGGGAGCAAAUAUACGAUUGAUAUGGUGAGGGGAGGACCAGGAAGCUAUAGAUUGAGAAUGAAUGACUCAGAGGUUGAGGCAGAGAUACAUACUCUACGUGACGGAGGUUUAUUGAUGCAGUUGGACGGAAACAGUCAUGUGAUAUAUGCAGAGGAAGAAGCUGCUGGAACUCGGCUUCUGAUUGAUGGAAGGACUUGUUUGCUUCAGAAUGAUCAUGAUCCAUCCAAGUUAGUGGCAGAGACUCCAUGCAAGCUACUGAGGUAUUUGGUCUCAGAUGGUAGUCAUGUUGAGGCUGACACACCCUAUGCGGAGGUCGAGGUUAUGAAGAUGUGUAUGCCACUUCUUUCACCUGCUUCCGGAACUAUUCGAAUCAAAAUGUCUGAAGGUCAAGCAAUGCAGGCCGGCGAGCUUAUAGCGAGGCUUGAUCUAGAUGAUCCAUCAGCUGUAAGAAAAGCAGAACCUUUUCAUGGGAGCUUUCCAAUUUUGGGGCCACCGACCGCAAUAUCUGGAAAAGUUCAUCAGAGGUGUGCUGCGAGUUUGAAUGCGGCCCGGAUGAUUCUUGCAGGAUAUGAGCAUAACAUUGAUGAAGUUAUGCAAAACUUGCUCAGUUGUCUCGACAAUCCUGAGCUCCCUUUCCUUCAGUGGCAAGAGUGCUUGUCUGUUCUGGCAACCCGUCUUCCUAAAGAUCUCAGAUAUCAGCUGGAAUCAAAAUUCAAAGUCUACGAAGGUAGUUCAAGCUUGCAAAAUCUUGACUUCCCGGCCAAAGUAUUGCGGGGUGUUUUUGAGGCCCAUCUAAGCUCUUGCCCUGACAAAGAAAAAGGAGCCCAAGAAAGACUUGUUGAACCUCUGUUGAGUCUUGUUAAGUCUUAUGAAGGGGGUAGAGAGAGCCAUGCUCGUGUUAUUGUUCAGGCCCUUUUUGAGGAGUAUUUUUCUGUCGAGGAAUUAUUUAGUGACAACAUCCAGGCUGAUGUGAUUGAACGACUUCGACUGCAAUAUAAGAAAGAUCUUUGGAAGGUAGUAGAUAUUGUGCUUUCUCAUCAGGGAGUCAAGGGAAAAAAUAAGCUGAUUUUACGACUCAUGGAGCAAUUGGUGUACCCUAAUCCAGCUGCAUACAGGGAUAAACUAAUCCGAUUCUCUGCCCUCAACCAUACAAGUUAUUCUGAGUUGGCACUGAAGGCAAGUCAACUGCUAGAGCAGACCAAAUUAAGCGAACUCCGGUCCAGCAUUGCUAGAAGUCUUUCUGAAUUAGAGAUGUUUACUGAAGAUGGUGAAACCAUGGAUACUCCUAAGAGGAAAAGUGCCAUUAAUGAACGGAUGGAGGAUCUUGUGAGUACUCCGUUAGCAGUUGAAGAUGCCCUUGUGGGUCUUUUUGACCACGGUGAUCACACUCUUCAAAGGCGGGUUGUAGAGACUUAUGUUCGUAGACUGUACCAGCCGUACCUUAUAAAGGGCAGCGUGCGGAUGCAAUGGCACAGAUAUGGUCUUAUUGCUUCGUGGGAGUUUUUGGAAGAGCAUAUUGCAAGAAAAAAUGGAUCCGAAGAUCAAUGUUCAGACGAAACAGUAGUUGAGAAACGUACUGAGAGGAAAUGGGGAGCCAUGGUCAUCAUCAAAUCUCUUCAGUUCUUGUCAAUGGUGAUAGACGCUGCAUUGAGGGAAACAUGUCAUGAUACACUUGAUGCGAGUGGAUCUAUCAGCCCAGUGAGUCAUGGUAAUAUGAUGCAUAUUGCUUUAGCAGGCAUCAACAACCAGAUGAGUUUGCUUCAGGACAGUGGUGAUGAGGAUCAGGCUCAAGAGAGAAUACACAAGUUAGCCAAAAUACUUAAAGAGAAAGAAGUAGGAUCCAGCCUUCGGACUGCAGGUGUCGGUGUUAUUAGCUGCAUCAUACAGAGGGAUGAAGGGCGGACUCCUAUGAGGCACUCUUUCCAUUGGUCAACAGAGAAGCUCCACUAUGAGGAAGAGCCCCUAUUACGUCACCUGGAACCUCCUCUAUCGAUAUAUCUUGAAUUGGACAAGCUCAAGGGCUACGAGAAUAUAAAAUACACGCCAUCCAGGGACCGUCAAUGGCACCUAUAUACCGUUGUGGAGGACAAGACGUUACCAAUCCAGAGGAUGUUUCUCAGAACCCUUGUAAGGCAGCCAACCUCAAAUGAAGGGUUCAUGGGGCUGGACAUGGGAACAAAUAGAUCCCCCUUAGCCAUGUCUUUUACUGCAAGGAGCAUUUUGAGGUCCUUAGUGACUGCAAUGGAGGAGUUGGAACUUCAUGUUCAUAAUGCUUCUAUCAAGUCAGACCACGCCCAUAUGUAUCUCUAUAUCUUGCGGGAGCAACAAUUAGAUGAUCUCGUACCAUAUUCAAAGAAAGUUGAAGUAGAUGCUGGGCAAGAAGAAGCUGCUGUUGAAACAAUCUUGGAAGAGCUGGUCCUCGAAAUCCAUGAAUCUGUUGGCGUGAAAAUGCACCGAUUAGGUGUUUGUGAGUGGGAAGUGAAGCUCUGGAUGGCAUCUCCUGGACCAGCCAAUGGCGCUUGGAGGAUAGUGGUUGAGAAUGUGACUGGUCACACCUGCAUUGUACAUACAUACCGAGAAUUGGAGGAUACCAGCAAACAAAGGAUAGUAUACCAUUCUAACUCUGUGAGUAGCCAUCUACAUGGUGUACCUGUGAAUGCACCGUAUCAGCCUUUGGCAACUCUUGAUCGGAAGCGGCUUUGGGCCCGGAAAAGCAGCACCACAUACUGCUAUGAUUUCCCUCUGGCAUUUCAAAAGGCCUUGGAAAAAUCUUGGGUAUCCCUUUUCCCUGGCAGAACUAAAGUCAAGGAUACAGUUAAAGUAACUGAACUAGUAUUUUCUGACCAAAAAGGCAGCUGGGGUACUCCUCUUGUUGCCGUGGAGCGGCCACCUGGACUAAAUGACGUUGGUAUGGUAGCUUGGACUAUAGAAAUGUCUACACCCGAAUUCCCUUCUGGAAGGACAAUUGUAGUAGUGUCAAAUGACGUGACCUUCAAAGCCGGAUCUUUUGGUCCAAGGGAGGAUGCAUUUUUCCUUGCGGUGACAGAUCUUGCUUGUGCUAAGAAACUUCCUCUAAUUUACUUGGCGGCAAAUUCAGGUGCUCGUAUCGGAGUAGCAGAGGAAGUAAAAUCUUGCUUUAAAGUUGGCUGGUCCGAUGAAUCAACCCCAGAAAGCGGAUUCCAAUAUGUCUAUUUGACUCCUGAAGACUACACACGAAUUGGUUCAUCCGUGAUAGCCCAUGAGUUAAAGCUGUCAAGUGGAGAAACUAGAUGGGUGAUUGACAGCAUUGUGGGAAAAGAUGAUGGGCUGGGGGUUGAGAACUUAUCCGGGAGUGGAGCCAUUGCAAGUGCAUAUUCCAGGGCAUAUAAGGAAACCUUCACCUUAACGUAUGUCACCGGAAGAACUGUUGGGAUAGGUGCUUAUCUUGCUCGUCUUGGAAUGCGGUGCAUACAGAGACUUGAUCAGCCAAUUAUCCUCACCGGUUUCUCAGCGCUAAACAAACUUUUGGGCCGCGAGGUGUACAGCUCCCAUAUGCAACUCGGUGGGCCCAAAAUCAUGGCGACCAAUGGGGUGGUACACCUGACGGUCUCUGACGAUCUUGAAGCCGUAUCCGCUAUUUUGAAGUGGCUAAGCUUUGUCCCACCCUACUCAGGGGGACCACUUCCCAUUUUGGCUCCCUCUGACCCUCCGGAGAGAUCUGUUGAGUACUUUCCUGAAAAUUCUUGCGAUCCACGUGGGGCCAUCUGUGGUGUUCUUGACCAUACUGGGAAAUGGCUAGGGGGUAUCUUUGAUAAAGAUAGUUUUGUUGAGACUCUAGAAGGAUGGGCAAGGACCGUUGUGACGGGAAGGGCAAAACUGGGAGGAAUUCCAGUAGGAAUAGUCGCCGUUGAAACGCAAACAGUGAUGCAAGUUAUUCCGGCAGACCCUGGUCAGCUGGAUUCCCACGAAAGGGUUGUCCCUCAAGCGGGGCAAGUUUGGUUUCCUGAUUCGGCAAGUAAGACGGCUCAAGCGUUGAUGGAUUUUAACCGUGAAGAACUCCCGCUUUUCAUUCUUGCCAAUUGGAGAGGUUUUUCUGGUGGUCAGAGGGACCUCUUUGAAGGGAUCCUUCAGGCCGGAUCAACCAUAGUUGAAAACCUAAGAACGUACAAACAGCCUGUUUUUGUAUAUAUCCCCAUGGCAGGUGAGCUCCGUGGCGGGGCGUGGGUGGUUGUGGACAGUCGGAUUAAUUCAGACCAUAUCGAAAUGUACGCUGAACGUACGGCUAAGGGGAACGUGCUUGAACCAGAAGGGAUGAUUGAGAUCAAGUUCCGAAUAAAGGAGCUUCUGGAGUGCAUGGGUAGGCUGGAUCGUCGUUUGAUCGAUUUGAAGGCAAAAUAUCAGUUAGCCCGGACUAAUGGGGACCACGUGACUUUUGAAUUGCUGCGGCAGCAGAUCAGAGCCCGUGAGAAACAGCUUUUACCAAUUUAUACGCAAAUAGCUACAAAAUUUGCGGAACUGCAUGAUACGUCCCUGAGAAUGGCAGCAAAAGGGGUAAUAAGGGAGGUUGUGGAUUGGGGUAAUUCACGGUGUUUCUUCUACAAAAGAUUGCAUAGGAGGGUGGUUGAAGGGUUAUUGAUCAAGACCGUUAUUGAAGCUUCCGGAGACCAGUUAUCUUUCCAAUCCGCAAUUGACAUGAUCAAGAAGUGGUUUUUGGAUUCCGAGGUUGCAGAAGGUAGGGAAAAAGAUGCUUGGGAAGAUGAUGAAGUUUUCUUCACAUGGAAGGAUGAUCCAAAUAACUAUGGAGAGAAGUUACAGGAAUUGCGUGCAGAGAAAGUAAAGCUUCAACUGUCGAGUAUUGCCGAUUCGCCAUUGGAUUUACGAGCUCUACCCCAGAGUCUUGCUGCCCUUUUAAACAAGGUGGAACCAUCCAGUCGAGCCCAAUUGGUUGAUGAACUGCGGAAGGUGCUCAGUUGAUUGAACUGCUUAUAACUCACUGAUUUUAAAAUCCAGCAUUUUGACCUAUUUCGGUGAGGUGAAAUUUCGCUAGUAAGUGACGGAAUGGAGGGAGCUUUCCGAUGAGUUUCAUUGUCUUCGCAAAGUGUAAAUAUGGGUUAGCAUGAGUUGGUUUCAGAUUAUAGUCUUCAAUUGUUUCAGAGGAAAUUGACCAACUCGUUGGGCUUUUCAUGGAUUUUCUGAACGGUAGAUUGAUUCAUUGGUUAUACUAGUGUUCUUUUUGAAGUGUCUUCUGGUAAAACUACUUCAUGUUCUAUCUUUGAAUAAAACAUACAUGAAGCAUCGUUGUAUUAA